UGGCUCUCCAUGACUCGCAGUGGGAGUGGACCCAGAGUAUGCAGUCGAUCUGGAUUUGACACGAGAGAAGCAGCAUCACUAGGGCCAGGAAACCAAAAGUCAUCCACAACCGAACGUCCACGGUGAGCCAUGUGCGGAAUCUUUGCCUACCUGAACUACCAAGUUCCUCACACUAGGAAGGAGAUAUUUGAGAUGCUGGUGAAGGGGCUGCACCGCCUGGAGUACAGAGGGUACGAUUCAGCAGGUAUCGCUGUGGAUGGCCCCAGAAAGACACCCAAUGGCAUCAACACCACAAUCUGUUUGAUUAAGAAGAAGGGAAAAGUCAAGGCUCUGAAUGAGGAGCUUUACAAAAAUGAUUCCAUGAACUUGGAUGAGAUGCUGUACACACACUUUGGCCUUGCUCACACUCGAUGGGCCACACACGGAGAGCCGAGUGCUGUCAACAGCCACCCCCAUCGCUCUGACAAGGAUAAUGAGUUUGUUGUUAUCCACAAUGGCAUCAUCACCAAUUACAAAGAGCUGAAGAAAUAUCUGAUCAGCAAAGGAUAUGAGUUUGAGUCACAGACAGACACAGAAUCAUCCCGAAACUUAUCAAAUAUGUUUAUUGACAACCGAGAGAGUGACAGCAUCACCUUCUCUACGUUGGUAGAGCGGGUCAUUCAGCAGCUGGAGGGGGCCUUCGCUCUCGUGUUCAAAAGUCGUCACUUCCCCGGCGAGGCUGUAGCAACCAGGAGGGGAAGUCCACUGCUCAUUGGUGUGCGAAGCAAGUAUGAGCUAUCAACCGACAGCAUCCCCGUCCAGUACAGUGGCCGUGUCAAGGAAGGUGUCCAGGAGUUAAACAGCCAUAAUCUUUCUGACUGUUCCGAUGCCAUUAACGCUGUGGGUGAUGGCCGGGCGGUGGAGUAUUACUUUGCAUCUGAUGCCAGUGCCAUCAUAGAACACACCAACAAGGUGUUGUACAUGGAAGAUGAUGACGUCGCCGUGGUGACUGGGGGGAAACUGUCCAUCCACAGGAUGAAGAGAAAAGCCGGUGACGACCCAGUCAGAGCGAUCCAGACUCUACAAAUGGAGCUGCAGCAGAUCAUGAAAGGUAACUAUGAUGCGUUCAUGCAGAAGGAGAUCUUUGAGCAGCCGGAAUCAGUGGUCAACACCAUGAGAGGCCGGAUUUGUUUUGACUCUAACAAAGUUAUUCUGGGUGGGCUGAAGGACCACCUGAAGGAAAUCAAGCGAUGCAGACGCCUAAUCAUGAUUGGCUGUGGAACCAGCUUCCACGCUGCAGUGGCUACUCGACAGAUCCUGGAGGAGCUGACGGAGCUUCCGGUCAUGGUGGAGUUAGCCAGCGACUUCCUGGACCGCAGCACUCCUGUUUUCAGAGAUGAUGUUUGCUUUUUCAUCAGUCAGUCAGGAGAGACUGCCGACACCUUGAUGGCUUUACGCUACUGUAAGGAACGUGGAGCUCUGACCGUUGGUAUAACCAACACUGUGGGCAGCUCCAUUUGUAGAGAAACAGACUGUGGAGUCCACAUCAAUGCUGGACCUGAAAUAGGAGUAGCCAGCACCAAGGCCUAUACUAGCCAGUUUGUGGCCCUCAUCAUGUUUGGCCUGAUGAUGAGUGAGGACAGGUUGUCCCUGCAGCAGAGAAGAUUGGAGAUCAUUAACGGCCUCCGGCUGCUACCAGAGCUCAUACAACAGGUUCUGGCUCUGAAUUCCAAGAUCAAAGCCAUUGCUAAUGAGUUAUACCAACAAAGGUCUCUUUUGGUCAUGGGUCGAGGUUUCAACUAUGCUACCUGCCUCGAGGGGGCGCUGAAAAUCAAGGAGAUCACAUACAUGCACUCAGAGGGGAUCCUAGCUGGAGAGCUGAAACACGGUCCUCUGGCCCUAGUGGACAGAGACAUGCCAGUCAUCAUGAUCAUCAUGAAAGACUCCUGCUACGUUAAGUGCCAGAAUGCUCUGGAGCAAGUCACUGCCAGAUCGGGUCGACCAAUCAUCCUGUGUUGCCAGGACGAUAAAGAGGUGACAAAGAAGGCCUACCAGACCAUUGAGCUGCCACAUACAGUGGACUGUCUGCAGGGGAUCCUCAGUGUCAUCCCCCUGCAGCUCCUGUCCUUCCACUUGGCUGUGCUGAGAGGAAAAGACGUUGACUGUCCCAGAAACUUGGCCAAGUCUGUGACUGUGGAAUAAUGACAGUUCACAAAGCACAGCACAGGGGAGAGAAGGCUUGUUGAUCUCAAGUGCAAUUGUGUGUGUGUGUGUGUGUGUGUGUGUGUGUGUGUGUGUGUGUGUGUGUGUGUGUGUGUGUGUGUGUGUGUGUGUGUGCAAACUGGUAUAGGUUUGAGUGUCAGUGAGGGGUAAAGAAAA